AUGGAUGCUGUGUCUGACGAGGACAAGUUCUGCAUUCAUAAUGCAUUGAUUGUCUGUUUUAAUAUAAGUUCGUUGCUUCAAGCAGUUGGGACUUCCUGGGAGCUGUGGUUCUUAAUGGAUGGUGGCAAUCAGAAUGCUGAUAUCUGUUUGUGUAUUUUGGGAGAUUUUAAUGCGGUCAGAAACCAGGAAGAAAGAGUGGGUAGUAGUGAUAGGUACGGGAUCGCUGAUGCAAGAAAUUUUGAUUCGUUUAUUCGUGAUAAUGGCUUGAUUGAUAUUAGAAUUCAAGGUGGAUCAAUGCGUGGCCUUCGUCAAUUGGUCGUGGACUGCAAAGAACUUUCUCCGAUCAUUGUCCGAUUCUUCUAUCUACAAAGACAGUGGACUGGGGUCCGAAACCAUUUAGGUUUAUUAAUGCUUGGUCUUCACACCCUCAAUUCCCAGACUUGGUCAAGCAAAAGUGGAGUGAAAGUGAAUGUCAAGGAUGGAUGCUUUAAAUUCAAAGAAAAGCUCAAGAAGAUGAAGGAGUCUCUCAAAGAAUGGAAUAAAACCACCUUCGGAUCUAUCGAUCAGAACAUCGAAGCCCUUAAGAAAGAUCUCCAGGAGCUUGAUUUUCUUGAUGAAAUGCGAGGUUUGGAGGAUCACGAGAUGACCAAAAGAAACGAAGUGAGAGCUACACUCUUCCUCCAGUCAAGGCACAAAAUUAGUCUUCUCCAACAAAAGAGUAAGGUCAGAUGGCUCAAAGAGGUUGACGUCAACUCCAGUUUCUAUCACAAAGCCAUUGUUGGUCGACGGAAAAAAAAUGAACUGGCAGGAUUACAAAUUGGAAGUAGAUGGCUGGACGAACCAAACACUCUCAAGGAGGAAGUCAAAAAUCACUUUGAAAACUUUUACAGGAAAAGGAACAGAUGCUUACCAGAGUUACCGCAGAGCCUCACGGCGAAAAGGCUUUCAGAAGAGGAUAAAUGCUGGUUAACCAGGCCUUUCACGGAAGGGGAGAUCAAAGAUGCAAUCUGGAAGUGCGAGGGAGAUAAAAGUCCGGGACCAGACGGAUUCAAUCUUUUUUUCUGGAAGUCCUCUUGGGAAGUCAUUAAGAGGGACUUCUUACAAGUUAUGGAAGAGUUCCACGCCAAUGGGAAGAUUCCUAGAGGAUGUAAUACUUCAUUCAUCGUUUUGAUUCCGAAAAAAGAGGAAGCGACUGCUCUCGAAGAAUUUCGCCCCAUUUCAUUGAUCUGCAGCUUAUACAAGGUGAUAGCCAAAAUUUUAGCUGGGAGGAUGAGAAUGGUUAUUGAAUCCAUUGUCUCGGAAAAUCAAACUGCCUUUAUUAGAAACCGAUACAUCCUUGAUGGGGUCGCGAUCUUAAAUGAGGCAGUGGCGGAAGCCAAGAAAAGAAAUCGGGGGAGAAUCUUGUUCAAAAUUGACUUCGCAAAAGCCUACGACUCCGUUGAAUGGGAUUUUUUAGACGUCAUGCUUGAGCGGUUAAAUUUCAAUUUGACUUGGAGAAAAUGGGUCAAAGGCUGCCUUUCUUCGGCAACGGCAAACGUCUUAGUCAACGGUUCCCCGUCGGCUGAAUUUCGUCUUGAAAGAGGCCUACGCCAAGGUGACCCUCUGUCACCUUUUCUUUUCCUCAUCGUCGCCGAGGGUCUACAGUCCCUUGUUGACAGAGCUGUGGAGAGACAGAUGAUCCAGCCAGUGCAGAUUGGAAAAGAUAAGAUUAAAGUUUCACAUCUUCAAUAUGCCGACGAUACAAUCUUCCUUUUAGAAGACUCCGAAGGCAACAUUGAAUCGGUGAAAUGGCUCUUGAAGCUCUUCCACUUUUUAUCUGGGCUCGCUGUGAAUUUCAAGAAAUGCAGCUUAAUCGGCAUAAAGGUUGACGGUGACAAGCUUUCUCGCAUGGCCGCUGAUCUGAACUGCAAAGUUGACUGCUGCCCUUUUUCAUAUUUAGGGCAGAUCAUUGGUGGUGGAAACAAUAAGGUGGCAGAUUGGCAGUUCUUAGAGGAAAAGAUCAAGAGAAGAAUUGAAAGCUGGAAGAAUCAAAAACUUGCGUUGGCGGGGCGUAUCACUUUGGUUAAAGCGGUGUUGCAGGCUAUUCCGGUCUUCCAUCUCUCCUUUGCUUUGAUUCCCAAAACAACUGUUCAUUCCAUCAACUCCUUGUGCGGUAAUUUUCUUUGGGGCGGGAGGUUGAAUUCUGGGAAAAUUACUUGGGUUAAAUGGGCAGAGCUUUGUGAAAAUUUGUGGGAGGGGGGUCUUGGUCUUAGAAAUUUAGAGUGGUUCAAUGAAGCGUUAGUCAAAAAAUGGCUAUGGAGAUUUCUUACGGGGGGAGGGAACUUAUGGGCAAAAAUUAUUAGAUCUGUUUAUGGGGAUGUGGUGUGGGGUACAGAGGGGCUGGAAAUUAGAGGGAAUCAGAGGUCUAAAAGUAGUUGGUGGGGAAAAAUCGUCGAGGGAGGAAGAGGGAUGACGGCGAAGUGGUUUGAGAAUAAUCUCGCGAGAAGUAUUGGAAAUGGGAGAGAAACGUUGUUUUGGGAGCAUAGGUGGGUGGGAAAUCAACCAUUAAAAAUUAGGUUUCCAAGACUUUAUCUUAUUAGUUCGCAGAAAGGAAACCCCAUUUGUGACAUGGGUAGUUGGGAAGAUGAUGUCUGGGCGUGGAAUCUGAAGUGGAAUAGAGAGCUUUUUCAGAGAGAAAGUGGGCGGGUUAACGAACUGAUUUCUGCCAUAUCCUCCAUUUCUCCACGUGCAGGUAAAGAAGAUAGGUGGACUUGGAAAGCAUCAACAGAAGGCGUUUUCACAACUAAGUCGGCGUACUCUUUGAUCAAAGACUUACGAACUGCAGGGAGGAAUUUGGAGGCUAAUGCAAUGAGGUCGGCGAAAGCAUGGAAAAUUAGUGCUCCUCAAAAAGCAAAAGUGACGAUGUGGAGAAGCUUCAGGAACCGGUUACCUACGUGCGACAACUUGAAAAAAAGGAGAAUCCCACUUGAAGAGGCUGAGUCCAUGUGUAAUGCUUGCUGCUACCGGGAAGAAACAAUCCAGCACUUGUUUUUGCUUUGCCCGAAAACUGAAAUGAUUUGGAAUGGAAUUCAAAAAUGGUUAGGAGUCCAUUCUGUUCGGCCUAACAACAUUGAAGCACAUUUCGACUCUUUCACUAACCUUGGAAAAGGAAAGCAAAGCAGAAAACUCUUGGAAGCAUUAUGGGUGUGUAUCAUUUGGCUCGUCUGGAAAAGUCGAAAUGAAAGCAGAUUUGAAGGUAAGAACUGGGAAGUCACCAAGAUGAUGGGAGAAAUUAAAGCAAGGAUUUGGAGUUGGAACAAGAGUUUUGGUUUGGCUGAUUUGGGAACUGAUUUUGAUUCAUGGUUCUCUGAUUUUUCUCACUUUCUUGUGUAA